CAUGCUGUCGGGGGAGGGUGAAGCCAUUCUCGAUGGACUUGCACUCACCAAAGACGGACAGGUGGAUCCCAACGUUUUAGCCAAAUGGGUCCGACAAGCCUCGCUCAGAGGUCUCAGUGGAGAGGACGCUGCUAAAUUGGCUGCAUACAAGUUGAUUAUGAGCCAAGAACAUUCCAAGGCCUGGUAUCGGAUCGGAGCGACUCGUGUGUUUUCUGGCAGUAAAAAAGUCCACCCCCUUUGAAAGGCAAUGCUCGUAAAAGAAGAAAAACUAAUUAAAAAAUAGGCACUCAACUUUCAAUUGAUGAUCUGCGUGAUUCUCUUUUUUUGUCGUUGAAUAAAUUAUACGACCCGUUUAUUUAGAUUUGCGAAGCGUGAGACACGGAAGAAUAAGAAAGAACAUACCGCCAGUACUUCCCGUAUAUUCGAAUUUUUUGUUGUUGUUGUUUCCCCAAACGCUAUGCAGUUCUUUGUGUGUGUGUGUGUGUUUGUGUGUGUGCAAAAGAAAGAAAAAUGUGCACGCUUUCACCGUGCGUGCCGUUAUUAGACGCUGAGGACUGCAGUCACGCAGAUUUCUUUUUUGAAUCGCUAAGACACGAUGAUGAGAUGAACUUGACAGAUAUCACAUGACCUAUACCAGUGGAUAUAAAAAAUAAUAAUUCUCUAUUUUAUGUUCUUCCAGACCAGAUUUUCAUGCUGGUAUAUGGAAUAUGAUGGGCAUUAACAAUUAUUAGGAUAACAAUGAAAAGAAAACAGUUAUCAGUUGCUCUCCGUUAGCAGCAAUUUAAUUACCAUGCGUUGGCGAUUGAAUAGCGAUUGCAUUAACUUGUUUGAACUAAAACCAGUUGUGUUGCAGGAACUAAGGGCGAACGAACAAUGUCGGGAGGUUAUCUGUGCCAUCAAAUUCACGUUCUGGAGUUAUUCGAACUGGAAGUUAAUUACAAAAUCUCGUAUAGAUGCAAAUCUAUAAACAGGAGGAAAAUGUGUUUACCAUGUUCCCAAGCUGUUGUGUCUUCAUUUGAAAGUAGAAGGAUCGCUACGCCAUCUAUAAUCACAUUGUAAUACUAUGAUAGAGCAGCAGGCAUUUGAAUCAAAUCAAAUAUGUCGUACAGGGAAAUUUCUAAUAUAUUUUUUAAACUUUGGAACUCACGUAGAGAUAGUCACGCUAUCUAUCUCUGCGUGAUUAUUUAUUGUGAAACGAACAUUUUCCCGCUCAUUUAUCUAACAGCCAUUGUUUAGCUAUGAACAAAAAGACUGCAACUAAGAACUAACCAUAACUAGGCUGAAGCUUAAAAGUGCAACAAGUAGCUACAUCCUACACCCGUUCAUGUUUUGACAUCCCAGUGUCUUUCAAUUUGUUUGUCAUCAAAAUUCAAACUCCGUUAAGAAAGGUACAGGUACAGUUCUCUUUGUCAAUCACUACAACGGACUAGCUGUGGAUCACCUUAAAAGAGGGAUAAUUUUCUCAUCAUUUAAAAAGACAACAUUGUCUUUUAAGGAGUUAUCAGCGAGAUACCAAAAACAUCUUGUACCCUUUUGCAGUUGAAAAAGAUUCCACAUAGGGUUUGCCUGUGCACCCUUUUGGUCAGCAACACGAUUUGAUGUUUUGUUAAAUGGCAUCGAACAACGAGCAGGACGGUAGUCCAAGCACUGUCGAGGAUGACGACAUCUCCCAGUCCAACAGAAUUUCAUCACCAACAGCCACCUUGUCGCUAGCAAGCAAUGUUCGGAAAAAAACAAAAAAAGUACCUGAUGCAACUCACGGUUUAAAAUUUGAAUCGAAAUUGUUGACGUCGUUUUGCAUACGAGCACUUGGAGUUGGUUGCAUAUUUCGAUUGACCAAAGAAAGAGAAGACCUGGGUGGUAAAUUUGACGAUGUGAUUUUUCAGUAUCAAGUGCUAGAUGAUACAUCUGAAGGUAAACAUUGGCGCUAUCGCUACUUGCAAGCCAAACACAAGCAGAACGAAUCAGACAAGAUUAAUGCGACUCACCUCCUCGAAGACAACGACAAGAGUGCUUUCAGCUUACCAAAAUAUUUCCGUUCCUUCUGCAAGAUGAGAAGAAGAGGCGAAGACAUUCACGACUGCAUCAUUUGCACAAACAUUGGCUUCGAUUUGGAAGACGUCAAGAAGAAUGGCAUCGAUUUGGUGUCGAUUAACGAUCAACCUGAAGACAUUCUAGAAUUUGGUCCACAAGAGAAGACAGUUCGUUACAAACUAAACUUCGCAAAAGAUUUACGAGUCAAAGUAUUGAACGAAUGGCCAGAUAUUCAACGUCUUGCCAUUAACUUGCAAAUCUGCGCACGGGAUCAAACAACAAUUGAUAUAAGGACUGGAGUGUUCAGCAGCUACCACGUUGCUUUGACGAAGGAAAGCGUCAUUGAUUCUGCCACGAAAAAGUUCCAUGGGGAUUUUGUAAACGAAACUGAAGGUCUGUCCGAUGGGGCCAAACACCUACGUCAAAUCCUCAGCCAACGGGAAAAAGACGAAUGGGAAAACUGGAUAUUCAAAUUGGGUAACACAUUCGGAAAAAGCCAAUUGGCUCCUGAAAUGGAAAAUCGGCUACCGUUUAAAAUCUCGGAGGAAGACAUUGACGCAUUCCUUGACAAAUUCGUGUUUGUGGUGAACAUGCCAAACGAAGAGCAAUUUGAAGCCAUUUUACAAACUCAAGAUGUGAGCAAGUACUACCCUAAGGACGAAUGCAAACAGCAAACGAUCCGUUUGCUACACGAAUUAUCUGCAAAGUUCUCCAACAAGGAAAAGGACUAUUGGCUAACUUCAGAAGAAGCCAAGAAGAUCUUGUUAGAUGGCGUUACAAACAUUUCAAGUCAGCACCAGGCAAAAUUAGAAAACGAGGUGGGCUUCAACGACGUCGCCAAGAAUGACAUGGCCAUUAAACUAAAGGAUAUCCUGGACAGUAGCGAAAUGUUUAAGCGCGUUACCACAUCAUCACCGAGAUAUACGACCGUCAAGGUCUUUUCGGCCAUUCCAAUACUGAAACAGGAAUAUACAGCACCAAUUAGCCACCUGGUGACGUCAUCUAGUCAAUUGCUAUCCAUGGAAGAUACGGAGAGAUGGAAAAAUAUAUUGAAACUACCCGUCGAUUCUGGUCAUUUUCUCCUAGUCGUUGGCGAUGAUGGCGAGAAGCCGUUACAAGACGAACAAUAUGCUAAACUAUUUCUGGGUGAAGAAGGUAAGACAAAAAGAUACAAGGUGAUUGUCAUCAGUCGCAAGAAAGCUGAAAUCACUGAUCAUGUCAGCGAUGAAAUCAACUACGCGCAGUUGGAUGACCUCUUCAAGAAAAAGAUCCUGUCGAAAGUAGUUUCAUUCCAAACGCAAAAUGAAUCUGUUGAACGUCUAAUUGGAACCAAACCGGAAGAGGUGUUCGAUUCCUUAGAAGAAAUGCUGCGUCCUGAAGAAGGUCAUAUCAUCAUUCCAUCGUUCGAUACCUCCCGUUUUGAGAAAUCCCUUUACAUCAAGAGACGAGUGAAAUUUGCAUUUGACAAAAACUUUUACGCUGAAUUAGCGAAUCGUUUGAAUUGCACCGUGGAAAAGGUCAGUGGGGAAUGCAGAAUCAGUACCCAAGGCCAAAUCAAAUGGUUGGUCGAUGGUGAGCGCCGUAAAGAGAUAUGGGAAAACAUCACAAAAAUGAACGACCAAACAUCCAGCAACAUUGAAGAAGACGGCCAUUUAAUUAACGUUGACGAGGAGCGGAAAGAACAGCCGGUCGUCAUCAUAUGCGGCGUGGCUGGAACAGGCAAAUCGACCCUGCUCUCCCACUACUACAGUGAAAUCAAGAAGAAGAAGUCCGACUGUUGGGUUAUCAGACUGAACUUGGUCCAACAUUGUGACGCCAUAAUGAAACUCGAUAGAACAAGGCUCGACUUAACCGAAUUUCUCAUUCAUCAUCUGCGUGUCAUCGACGGUCAAAGCCCGUUUUCUCGCUCGUUGCUGAAACGCCGGUUCGAGACGGGCGAUCGGAUCGUUUUCAUGUUUGAUGGCUACGAUGAAAUUAGCAACGAAUGCCAAGAAAUUGCGAUUCAGCUAAUGAAGGUCAUUCAAAAGAAGAAGGGCGUUCAACUGUACGUCACUACCCGCACCCAUACGGCCCACCAUCUGCAAUUCGAAUUACGUCAGUUGGCUUAUUAUUUGGAAAACUUUAACGAAAAUGACCAGAUUUGUAACCUGGCCAGUUAUUGGACGAAAGAAUCGCAACUGCCAAAAGAGGGAGCCAUCAAGGAAUUCGCCAAAGCGCUAGUGGGUCGUGUGUCGGAGACUCUGAAAGACGAAGAAAGAGCUUUCAUCGGAAUCCCUUUGCAAUGCAGAAUUCUCGCCGAGUGCUACCAUCAAGAUGUUGGCGACAUUGUGCGAAGCAACGCUUUAAAUGACGCAACACUCCAAUCUAGCGAAUCGAUAUCCCAAAAACUGUUGGCUUUACUUGGCAAUCAGAAAUUCGAUUUAGUUAGUCUGUACAGCCAAUUGAUGGACACCAAACGCAAAGUCUUUCGAGAAGAAAAAACCAACACUCCCAUCGGCAAUCAGAUAAUGGCUGACGCCAUUGAGUUUUGGAUUAAGAAAAUCGAGUCUCGGUUAACGAAAUUGGCAGUGGAAACCAUCAUCACCGAACCAAAUGUCCUGGAAAUGUUUUGGCCACGAAAAUCUUCGUACAAGUCCAGCGACGAUCUUGACCGAGAAGAAAAAAUUCUGGCUGAAAAUAGUCUGAAAUUUGGCUUAACUUUUUCUAGUGCAGAUGGAAUGCGACCCGAGUUCUUGCACCGGACGUUUGCCGAGUAUUUAGUCGCGAAACAUCUUUACGAAGGAUUUCAUCUCGACGACAAACGUCACAACAAACUGCUGGAAAAUGAAUCCAUUCGAAAAUUGAUCCUGAACAAAAUCUUGGCUUCAAAGCAAUACGACGGAGUUCAAGUGUUUUUCGAUUGCAUGGUGAAACAUGUGGUCAAUGAGGAUGAAGAGUGGCGUAAUCAAAUCGAUCGUCGUCAAUUACCGCAUCGGCUCAAGAAAUUGACUGAAAAUCUGUUUACUCAGAUUCUGCGCAGUUUUCCACCGUUUUGGGUUUUCGACCUCAAUUGUUUGAUGUCAUGCGACCAACCUUACUUUGCGAACGCUCUCCAUUUUUCGCUUUCGAAUGGGAAAGGCAACAUAUUCCUGUUGUUGUGCGGAUGUCUUGAUGCCACGUUCAAAAGAGAGCAAAUCCACUGGGCGAUGUGUACCUCUUUCAUACCGUCAUUCCAUCCCACUUCAAUUCAUUUCAUUUCGCCCGCCUGUUUUACAGAAAACAAGCUCUUUAAACGAUUCAUCAAUUAUUUUGACAUCGAUCCAGCCAGUCCCUCUACGUACAGUGUUAUAAGCGAACUUAUAGAAACCAUGUUCCCUUAUUAUUCUCCUGAAAUGGGAAGGUCUUUCUGGUACCGAGACGAGCACCAGCAAACGAUGAGCGACUUGCUUCAGUUUUUGGAAAACCAGCACGUGGCUUUCAACGAAUAUUUUGGACCCAACCGAGAACUCAGGACAAAACCAAUUUUGGAACUUUUGAUGGGCAGUGACAACUAUCGUAGUCACCUGAAAACAUUUCUAAAGCUUUUGUCCAAAUCGAUAGCUUAUUCGGACGACAUCAAGUUUGCCAAACUGCUAAUGAAAGUUUUCCGUUCUAAAGAACAUCUGAUGACUGGUCAGAUUACCAAAACACUGGCUGUCUUACACGGACUAGGGCGGUCUACUCUUCUCGUUCAGCUGUACGGCGGAGUUUUAGCUGUAAAGCCGGAAGCAUUUCAGACUCUUUAUCAGCCGCGUCGGUUAGAACAGGAAAACGCGAUCCCGACUGACCUCGUCAAGUUCUUGGAAACCGAUUCUUAUGGGAUGACUCGUCUUCAUCGAGCAGCGUUCUACGGAGACGUCGAAAUACUCGACCAAAUGUUAGCAAGAUUUGGCCAGCUGGAACUCGAUGAUGAAGCUAAACAAGCAGUACGCCAGGUGGUGCUUGAGGGUUACACUCCCUUUUACUUUGCCGCUGUUAAAAGUCACGAGAAUGUCUGUUCCAACUUGUUGGUCUUUGCGAAAGACAUUUUCCCCGACACACUGACGGGAAAGUCAAUUCUGUUCAAUGGAUUUAUUCACCGAUCUCUUGAUCACGCCAUGGAAUCGGAAAAUGUGGAAAUGUUUCAACUGAUAUUGAAGGUCGUCAAGAAAGAAUUAGGACAUGAAUAUCUACUUGACCUGUUAAUAGCAACCGAUCCACCCACAUCUGAAAUUGAAUCGACUAUUUUCUAUAGCUGCAGGUUGGAAAAGGUAUUCAACGCAAUGGCGAAGAUCAUCGUCGAUCGAGAUGGCACCGUCGACUACAAAUAUCUGAAUGACCUGAUUUUCAACGGGAAAAAAUUAGCGAGAAACGCGUUGCAAUGCGUGGAUGCCGAACAUCUACAGGGAUUGUUAUCAGUACAAGGCGCUGAUACGUUCACG